AUGAACCGUACUGGAAAUAAAAAAAAUCAAGCUGCAGAGCAAGUUGUGUUUGCCGUUAUGAACGGAGCCAAUAGUAACAACCCAGUACUCAACAAAAUUCCUGGUCAUAUAGAAGUAGGUCCAUCAUCAGCUACAGAAGUUGUGAGUUGUGAUGCUCAAACCUCCAACGCCAACCCCGAAAGAAUCAUGCAGCGAAUAGAAGAUAAUAGAAAAAAAAUUCUUAACAUUCUGAAAGAACAAGAAAUGGAAACAAUUUUUCCAACUUAUCUCAGUGACCUGUUAGCCUAUAAUGGCUAUAUAAAUUAUGAAACCAUAAGUUUAUUGGAAGAAAGUGAAAUUAAAAAGCUUGAAGGCUUUGCCCGGGAAAUUUUACCAAAAUUAUUGAGGAGCGAAGAAGAAAAAGAUUUGUUAUAUGGUAUAUUUGCCAAAGAAACAACUCUAUUUUAUAUAGUGGAUGGUGACAAAAAAAUGUUAGAAUUAUUGCGCGAAAAAUGUAAAUUACACAUGAAAGGAAAAACUAGUUUAAAAAACAAAUCAUCUGACAGCUUUACCGAAAAGCCGAGCGAGAAGCUGAGAAAAGAAAAAAACAUACAUAGAGAUGAAAGCUCGGAUGAAAGGCUCAGAGAAAAUGAUCAUUGUUCUGACAAGAAGCAUAGGAAUUCAGUAGAUCUCAUCAAAAGUAUAGUUAGGUCAUAUCAGUAUAAAUUUAUUAUGAAUUUGGACGAAAAAGAUAGAGGAAAUGCAUUAUCUCUUAUAGACAGCACAGCGAUAGAAAUUAGAGAUCAGAUUGCUUAUGUAAAAUGUUGCCUGUGUGAUUUCAAAUCCAAAGCGUACAACGAGAGUGACAAUAAUAAGAGAAUAUGGGUCCUAUCCAAUGUAAACCGGCAUUUCAAAACUCAUUUUAGAGGUAAUAAAUCUUUUGCCAAAAAAGGUCAGACAUCUUCGUUUGGUCAAAAAAAAAUUAACUUUUUUUUCCAAAAAACGUUGCCAUUAGAGCCCGAAUUAGAGCCAUUGGAUGAGGCUUUAGCCUCAACAUCAGCAGAACCCGAGGCAGAACCUCAUAUUCCAGUUUAUGACAAUGAAAGUCAGGAUGAUGACGAUAUUGCUAUACUGGACUCGGCAACUUCGUCGCCAACAGCAACCAGUCAUGCCUCCAAUAAAUCAAAUCCAGAUAAGGAGGAGGAAGCCCUGGAGGUAGCCCCUGAGAACCUGAGCAGAUUCACAACUGAGGAGAAAGGCACUGAGGACCUGCCAAUUGAAAUAUCCAAGAACGAACACCGCUCAAGAAUACAAAAAACUAUUAAAAAAUUAGAGUUGACCUUUGAUCCAGGUCAAACAAAAAUAACGAGAUAUUUUGAAAUUUGUGAAAAAAUAAGAUUGCAGAUCAACGAAAAUCCAGCCAUCAAUAAUGAAAUUUUAACAUCGGUAAGAAUUUUUACAGACAAUGUAGGCAGUAAUCGAAAUAAUAAUCAAGACCACAAUACUACGACUCCGCAGUCCUUUUUUGAAAUGAUAAAGGCAUCAGUAGCAAAAAAUAUUAAAGGGAAAACCUCUAGGGCAAAUCGAUAUUCAGAAGAACUGAAAAAGUUGUGUUUGUAUUUGUUUCUAAUUUCUGGACGGCUUGCCUAUGAAACACUGGUUUCCAAUAUUCCAAAUGGACCUCCAUCCAUUUCAACCCUUAGCAGAGAGUUAUCUGACAUACCUAGAUUAGGAGAAGGAAAGAUAGCUAUUAGAGAAUUGAAAUUGUUUAUGGAGCGUCGAAAUUAUCCCCUACAUAUCUUCAUUUCAGAGGAUCAAACGGCAAUAGCGAAGGUUUCUAUGGAUAGUCCGGUUUUGAUACAAGAUACUAUACAUAUUGGUACAAAAUUAAAAACACGUCUAUUAAACUCGAAUAUUGUGUUGAAGAUGGGAAACCUUGAAGUGUCUAAAGAACAUCUUGCUAAUUUAAUCAAAAAUGUUUCCAAGGAUAAAAAAAUUUUGUGUUCAAGCUUCUUGGAUAGCGACAAGUUUGUUUUUCCACAUGAAAAAAGUAUAAGACUCGGAACACAACAAGUUGCAAACGAUGAAGAAAAUGUACCUUCCAGUCAUGAAUUAUUCGCUGUCAUAGAAGAAGCAAAAGAAAAAGUGCUUAAUGACUGUCACAGCUUGGGCAUGACACUUUCAGACACUAUACAAACAACGCCCUUUGAACAGGAAAACCAAGAAAAUUGUUGUUUAUUAGUAGACAACUCAGAAACCAACUCGGUGAAAGAUCCCAAUCUUGAAGACCGCGAUGAUAUUGAAAGAGAAAAGUCUAUAUUUGAAGAAUUUGGCGACAGUGAAAUAAAUAUUAAAGACUUUAGCGAUAAAAAAACAGGCUACCGAUCGAUCCAUGAUUAA